AUGAGUUCUUCCAAUCUCUCGGGGCCCAUUCUUAAUCCUUUAUGGAAUCUCACCAGCAUAGAGGUUUUGGACCUUCAUAAUAAUCAUCUUGAAGGACCAAUUUCUCCGUUCUUGAGAUUUGGAAAGCUCAGGGAGUUCUCACUUAGAAAUAACAACUUUGAUCUCCAACUUGAGUACUUACCCUUUAACAGAAGCUGGACACAACUUGAAACGUUAGACUUUUCUUCCAAUUACCUAACUGGUCCAAUUCCAUCGGGCGUUAGUGGACUGCAAAACCUACAAUCACUCAGCUUGUCAUCAAACCACUUAAACGGGACUAUACCAUCCUGGAUAUUCUCCCUCCCUUCACUAUUUGAUUUAGACUUGAGUGAUAACCAUUUCAGUGGAAAGAUUCAGGAGUUCAAAUCCCAAACAUUGUUUUCCAUUUCUGUAAAACAAAAUCAGCUGGAAGGUCCUAUUCCAAAGUCAUUCCUAAACCAGCAGGGACUAUAUUAUCUUAUUCUUUCUCAAAAUAAUCUCAGUGGACAUAUUCAUUCAGUCAUCUGCGAUAUGAAUUUGGGUGUGCUAAAUUUGGGAAGUUGUAAUUUGGAUGGAACAAUACCACAAUGUUUGGGUGAGAUGAGUGAACUUUGGGUUUUGGAUUUAAGCAACAACAGUCUUAGUGGGACAAUUAAUACAACUUUUAGUAAUGGGAACCAACUCAGAGUCAUUAAAAUGGAUGGGAAUAAGCUAGAGGGGAAAGUCCCACGAUCUUUGAUCAAUUGCAAAUAUUUGCAACUUUUUGAUUUAGGUAAUAAUGAGUUGAAUGACACAUUUCCAAAAUGGUUGGGAGCCCUACCUGAUUUGCAGAUUUUAAACUUGAGAUCAAAUAAGCUGCAUGGCCCUAUAAAUGAUUCAAGGACUGAGAACUUGUUUGCUAAAAUUCUAGUAAUAGAUCUCUCAUCCAGUGGAUUCAGUGGAGAUUUACCUGUGAGCCAUUUUGAGAAUUUUCAAGCCAUGAAAAUGAUUGGUGAGAAUAGUGGAACCCCAGAGUAUGUAGCAGAAACAUAUUCUACUUUAUACACAAAUUCUUUGAUAGUGACAACAAAGGGAUUGGAUCUUGAACUUCCUCAAGUUUUGACUAUGGACAUAAUUAUCGAUCUCUCAAUGAAUAGAUUUGAAGGUUCUAUCCCAAGUAUUAUUGGAGAUCUAAUUGGACUUCGUACGUUGAACUUGUCUCAUAAUAACUUGAAAGGUCAUAUACCAGCAUCAAUGCAACAUUUAUCU